CUCUCUCUCUCCCCAGGUACCUAGCUCUUCAGACCCAAAAAAAAAAAAAAAGGAAAAAAAAGGGAAAAGGGGAAGCCAAGCGAGAUUCAGAGUAUUCACCGAAAAUGGCUCUCACCAACUCCUCCAUUCUUCCAACCAAAUCCCUGCUUCAAUCUCAACCAUCGACGCCUUUCUCUAAAACCAAGCCAUUCUCUGUUGUUCGAAUCUCCGCCGUCCAUUCAUCUGACUCACCCAAGAACCCCAUCGUCUCUGAUAAAUCUGCUAAGCAGCCAGCGACUGCUCCACUCGCUGCUACCAAAUCCGCUACUGCUGCUUCACCCGCCGUUGCUCCUUCGCAAAAUGCGGUUCCCGGGAAAUGGACCGUCGACAGCUGGAAGUCAAAGAACGCGUUGCAGUUGCCGGAAUAUCCGGAUCAGACGGAGCUUGAUUCAGUGCUCCGGACUCUCGAAGAUUUCCCUCCUAUUGUCUUUGCUGGAGAGGCUAGGAGUCUCGAGGAAAAGCUCGGGGAAGCCGCCCUGGGAAACGCUUUUCUGUUGCAAGGAGGAGAUUGCGCGGAGAGCUUUAAGGAGUUUAAUGCUAACAACAUUCGUGAUACUUUCAGGAUCCUUCUUCAGAUGGGUGCCGUUUUGAUGUUCGGUGGUCAAAUGCCCGUUAUCAAGGUGGGAAGAAUGGCCGGGCAGUUUGCGAAGCCGAGGUCGCAGCCGUUCGAGGAAAAGAAUGGAGUGAAACUGCCGAGUUACAGAGGAGAUAAUAUAAAUGGGGAUGCUUUCGAGGCGAAGGCUAGGAUUCCUGAUCCCCAAAGAAUGAUUAGAGCUUACUGUCAAGCUGCAGCUACUUUGAAUCUUUUGAGAGCUUUUGCUACUGGAGGUUACGCUGCUAUGCAAAGGGUUACGCAGUGGAAUUUGGAUUUCACCGAACACAGCGAGCAGGGAGAUAGGUACCGCGAACUAGCUCAUCGCGUUGAUGAGGCCCUUGGAUUCAUGGCGGCAGCUGGACUGACAGUUGACCAUCCUAUCAUGACAACAACUGAGUUCUGGACAUCCCAUGAGUGCUUGCUCUUGCCAUACGAACAGUCCCUUACCAGGCUAGAUUCUACUUCAGGCCGUUACUAUGACUGUUCUGCCCAUUUCCUUUGGGUUGGGGAACGUACUAGACAAUUGGACGGUGCUCAUGUUGAGUUUCUGAAAGGAGUUGCUAAUCCUCUUGGGAUUAAGGUGAGCGAUAAGAUGGAUCCAAAUGAGCUAGUUAAGCUGAUUGAAAUUUUUAACCCUCAGAACAAACCUGGAAGGAUAACAAUUAUCACAAGAAUGGGUGCUGAGAACAUGAGAGUUAAGCUUCCCCAUUUAAUUAGAGCAGUCCGCCGGGCUGGGCAAAUUGUCACUUGGGUUAGUGAUCCUAUGCAUGGGAACACCAUAAAUUCUCCUGUCGGUCUCAAAACUCGUUCCUUCGAUUCCAUAAGGGCUGAAGUGAGAGCUUUCUUCGACGUGCAUGAGCAAGAAGGAAGUCAUCCUGGAGGAGUUCAUCUAGAGAUGACGGGCCAGAAUGUGACAGAAUGCAUUGGUGGAUCAAAAAAUGUUACAUUUGAUGACUUGGGUUCACGCUACCACACCCACUGUGACCCUCGGCUCAAUGCCUCACAAUCUCUUGAGCUUGCCUUCAUCAUAGCAGAGCGCCUUAGAAAGAGGAGGAUCAGCGCACAAAAAUCUCUGGCCUUGGGGCUGUAGAGUGGCCUCAAGAAUCCAGCCACCAGCCGACCAAUAUGUUUGUUCUUUUUUUUUUUUCUUCCUUUCUCUAAGUUGUUAUUGGCACUACAUUAAUACUUUUUCCUUUGGGAUUUUUAAGUUAUGUCCUUUAUUGUAUGUGCAUACUGGGAGAAAGUGACGGCUUUGAGGAAUAAAUAAUUAAGCUAUGAAUGAAUUCUGAAAUUGCUCGGAA